AUGUGGACAUUCUGCAUCCAUUCACGCGCGCCUACAACCGCUCAGCUGUAGCAUCAUUGUAACUAACGCACGCACACACGCAGCGAAACAUACGUGUAUUAUUGUCAGAAUAGCCUUUGCAACUGUGUAAUCAACAGUAGACUGUAGAAUAGAAAGCAGAACGCACAAAUAAAUGUGUGAAGACAGCGCGACAAGGUUUUUUUUUAGCGCGGGAUGCUGACAGCUUGAGGCACCUGGAGAAAAUCAUCUAGGUGAAGUCUACUGUGUAAACGAUGGUUAAGUAACGUUCAUCCCUACCGCGAUAUUAUAGCUGGAUUAUUUGCCUCUUGAUGUCAUAAAGAAAGCGAUGGAGGAAAGUACGGAGAUACCAGACUUGGAUGAUGCGGCGGUGAUCUUUGUAGAAAACGAGGCUAAAUGUCUGUCCGUCCGGGGGGAGGCACUGAAUAUGCAUCCGCGCACCUCAAACGUAUUGGACACCUGUCCCGUUUGCCAUUCUCAUUUUCACAGCAGAGAACCUAAGCUUCUGCCUUGUCUACACUCCUUCUGUAUGACAUGUUUGCCCUCGCCCUCAAGAAAUCUGGCCAUGCCCGACCCAACGGCGAACUCCCAGUUUGACAGAGCAACGAAACCACUCAACGUAAUUCGAUGUCCAGUAUGCAGGCAGGAGUGUAUGGAGGUGGACGUCAUGGAGAACUUCUUUGUCAAGGACUCUGGGGAGAUUCCUAGCACUGUCCAGAGGACUGUCCAGAUCUGCAUGAGCUGUGAUGACCACACGGAGGCCUCUGGGUUCUGUGUGGACUGUGUGGAGUUCCUGUGUUUCACCUGUGUGGAGGCGCACCAGAGAGUCAAGUUCACUAAGGACCACACCAUCCGGCAGAAGGAGGAGGUGGCUGAAGAAGCCCGUGGCGUGUCCAAUUGGCGGCCAGCUUUCUGCGACGUCCACAAACAGGAGCCCCUGAAGUUGUUCUGUGAGACGUGCGACCUGCUGACCUGCCGGGACUGUCAGCUGCUCAAGCACAAGGACCACAAUUAUCAGUUUCUCGAAGAUGCCUACAAGAAUCUCAAACGACACAUGGAGACCGUGACUAAGCAGCUCCAGGAGAAGAAGAAGGUUGUGGAUGAGAUGUCCAGUUAUAUAGACAAGGGACUCUCUCAAGUGGAUGAAAACCGCACGCUGGUUCACAAUGAAAUCAAGAAGGCCAUCUGCAGUUUGAUAUUAGAAAUCAACAGAAAGGGAAAGAUUCUGGUGAAUCAGCUGGAGGCGCUGACAAAGGACAGUGAGACCGUUCUGAAGAAACAGAAGGAGGACAUUGGCUACCUGUCCAGACACCUUGAUCAUGUGAUUAAUUUCACCCAAUGGGCAACAGCCAGAAACAGUAGCACAGCCCUCCUGCAUUGUAAACGCUUGAUCCUGUUUCAGAUUGGGAACCUGCUGCGGGCUAAAUGCAAUACCUCGUUUGCACCGCAGAGCACUUUGCGCUUCCAGUGUCGCUCUGGGUUCUGGGCCUCCAACGUCGACCUGGGCUCCUUAGUGGUGGAGAACCUCCCCAGCCACUCUCUGGGGGGAGUCUACCAGGGCCUCCAUCAGCAGCUCCCCCUUCCCAGACAGGGCCCCCAAGGCUCCCCCGCUGGCCCUCCCCCAGGGCCUCCACAGGCCCACCCAGCCCCCCCCAGCACCUUGGCCCAGCUCCAGCUGCAAGUGGAGAAGCUGGCCCAGCAGCCUCACUGGCAGCCUCCUCCCCCACCCUGGUCCUGGUACCAGAGUCUCGGGCUCCAGAAGCCUGCUCAAGGGCCCGUCCAUUUGGGCUCCCCAUCCCAGACUGGCCUCCCCGUGCCCCAACCAGGCCGGAGGUUCAUGCCUCCACCUUCCAACCACCUCAGUCCCACAGGAAGUCUGCCCAGCCCUGGGUUUGUGUCCCAGGUGAGAGUCCCAGCGGUCCUGCCCCUGAGAGGAAUGACCGGCAGCUCUGGUUUCCAACCCCCGGAUCCCUUCCAGCCAGCCCCUCUCCAUUCCCACAGCGCCCCCCUCCUCAGCAACAGCAGCUUCAGCUCUCCUCACUCUCAUCUACAGACGGAGUCUCUGUAUCUAAGCCAGAGGAGCGAUGGUGUUGGUCCUGUACAGAUACGAAGACCCAGCUUCUCCCAAACCUUACCACCCUUCCUACCACACAGGAACGCAGAGGAACUGCAGAGUUCCCAGGGGCUGCCAGCUGUGUCCCGGGAGGAAAAACCAGGGACUGUAGCCUGGAGGCAGGCAGAGACGCAGGCCAGCGCAGCUCAAACCUCAGCUGCCAAGAGGAGAAGAAGAUUGUCCCCUGGACCCAUCAUCGUCAUUAAAGACGAGCCAGAGGAGGACAUGAGCUAUAUGCAGGCCAACCAGAAAGCCAACCUUCCAGACAGCACAGGGGUCCAGGCCCCCCCUCACAACGCUGGAGAACACAUCCAGACUCACCCUAACCCUCCUCACCACGCUGGAGAACACAUCCAGACUCACCCUAACCCUCCUCACAACGCUGGAGAACACAUCCAGACUCACCCUAACCCUCCUCACAACGCUGGAGAACACAUCCAGACUCACCCUAACCCUCCUCACAACGCUGGAGAACACAUCCAGACUCACCCUAACCCUCCUCACAACGCUGGAGAACACAUCCAGACUCACCCUAACCCUUCUCUGGAAGAUCAGGCUAAGAUCCUUCCACAACCUCCAGAGAUCGGAGGGGGCCUGGCCCAGCCCGACGGCCCCCAGCAGACAGCCGUGGCCCCAGACCUAGCUCCAGAGAAGGACCCUAACAGAGACCGCUGUGCUGUGUGCCAGACUGAAGGCAAGCUUCAGAGUUGUGACAAAUGUCCCAAAGUCUUCCACCUCACUUGUCACAUCCCAACCCUUCCCAGAUCUCCCAGUGCUGAGUGGCUUUGCACAUUCUGCAGAGAGCCGUCUCUGCCCAAGAUGGAGGAUGGCUGCGUCAGACGACCAGAGCCUGUGAAGGAGGAACCUCUCUCUGAGCCCAGACUCUCCCCAGUGAACAAGAGGAAGUGCGAGUGUCUGCUGCUGCGCCUGUACUGUAGCGAGCUGAGCGCAGGCUUCCAGGAGACUCCCCUGGUGAGUGGAGACACUGGGAGGAUCCAACACAGACAGGUAAUGCCAGAAGACACAGGGGCGGUGAAAGCACAUAUGAAUCUGGCUACGGUGAAGAACAGGUUAGAAAGCCCAUCGAGCCCGGACUACCACAGCCCUGCUGAGUUCGUGUCAGACAUCAGACUCAUCUUCAGAAACCCUGUGGCCCAUCAAGAGCCUGGCUCUGAGGUGGCCACAGCUGCCAGGAAACUGGAGCGGCUGUUUGAGGAGCAGCUGAAGGUCGUCUUCCCCGAGCGAACCUUCCCAGAAGUGAAGAGUGAGGUCACAGGUCCCGUGACCCCUCCGGUCUCUCCUCCGUCGCCGCCCGGGCUCGCCCUGACCUCCGAGCCGCUCAGCAGGUGCUCUGAGCCGCGGGGCGCAGCCUCUCCAAUAAGCACCCCGAGAGAGGAGAAGGAAGCUGCAUAAAAGGCGCAAUUCAUCUCGACGAAUCUCAUCUUUCAUCACUCCCUGAUGUACGGUCACCUCUCACGUCAGUCGAGUCCUGACCCAAAAGCAGUCGAUCUCUUGAGAGGGACAGAGUAAUUGUACUUAGCUGCAGUUUUCAAUUAUUUA